AUGCCAUUACUUCGAGCCAGUCUCGCUGCUCCACGGCGUCUUCUUCCAGCCAUGGAACCCGGAUUCUGCGCACAGUGGCAGUCCCACCAGAAGAGAUCACGCCUGUUCACAAAGCUCGACUGGGAGCUUCGAUGGCGUAUAUAUCGGGAGUUAUUUGGUCGCUCCCGAGUUCACGUUGCUCUCUCUGAGUCCAAAGACUCGAACAAAUAUCUCUAUCAUCCUAAACCAACGGGUUACUGA